AUGGCCCACUCCAGCUGCUCCUCUUGCUGCCAGCCUACCUGCUGCAGGACCACCUGCUGCAAGACCACCUGCUGGAAACCAGCCUGUGUCACCAGCUGCUGCAGCACACCCUGCUGUCCACCCAGCUGCUGUGGGUCCAGCUGCUGCCAGCCCUGCUGCCGCCCAACUUGCUGUGAAACCACCCGCUGCAAUCCAACCUGUGUGGUCAGCUGCUGCAGCACACCCUGCUGUGAGCCCAGCUGCUGUAAGCCUUGCUGCUGCCCCAAUUGCUGCCUCACUCCCUGCUGCCAACCCUGCUGUUGCCAGCCCUAUUGUCCCCCAACUUGCUGUGAAACCACCUGCUGCAAGACCACCUGCUGCAAACCAGCCUAUGGGCCCAGCUGCUGUGAGCCUUGCUGCUGCCCCAGUUGCUGCAUCAUUCCCUGCUGCCAGCCCUGCUGCUGCCAGCCCUACUGCUCAUGA